AUGGAGUGCAAUACCCUUCCCGACUUUGAGGAUGUCACCCUUGGUGGUGGCUCCUUUGAAGUGCGCCAGGUCUCGACAUCAUCUUUUCCUACAGGCUUAGCCACGGACUUGCUCAAAAGUCGUGACUUCGUGGUGGUGAAACAUCCUCGGGCAACACCGAACAGCCAUGGACAGAGCACGUACCAUUUUGCCGAUAUAGCGACUGAGCUCCAGGUUUUGCGACAUGCUCCAAUCAAAGUACACGACAAUGUCAUCGAUUUCAUGGGCGUCAUGUAUCAUUACACGGGCGAUGAGACCCAGGACGGAAAUCGAAUCGUCCCCGCUCUGGUGCUCGAAUAUGCCGCCUACGGCAACCUGAAGGAGUUCCAAAUCUCAGGACACGCAAACACAUUUCAAGAUCAGAUCAAAGUUGCUCUAGAUGCCGCCAGCGGCAUUCAGGCACUCCAUCGAGUGGGCAUGAUCCACGGAGAUGUCAAACCCUCCAACCUUCUCGUCUGCAAGAACGAGAGCCGGGGCUUUGUGGUCAAGCUCGCAGACUUUGGAUUUUCCCUUUCUGUUGAUGAUGGCAGGUUCGUCGGCCACACGCAGAUGUACUGCGCGCCAGAGUCAUACGAUGGAAAUUUUGAACGCCAGUACCUGAAACAACUCGACGUGUACAGCUUUGGACUUACUUUCCUCGCCAUUCUCGAGAGCGGUGGCACAUUUUACGAUAAUCUGCCCACUCAGGAUCUAGACAUCAACGUCAGGAAAAUGAAAACCGCUGAUCUCAUGUGCACCACCAUGCCCAUGCGAGUUUUGAAAGGCUCUCGACAUGAAGGGCGUCCCUUGGCCAUUGUUUGCAAGAUACUCAACACGUGUCUGCAAAAGUCUCCCGCCGCUAGAUUCCAAGACAUGGACCGUAUCAUUCUGCUUCUUCGUCUGGCUCAGCAUGUCUCUGUUGGAGAGAACUCGCAUAUCUCUUUCAACGAUACGACGGCCGCACAGGCUGCCGAGAUCAUCAAAGUCAUUGGAGGCGACAAUCGCCCUGGCGCUACGCAAGUUCCGCCAGCGCUGCAACAAGGCUACCCGCAAUGCCUGGAGUACAUCCAGCUCGCAAUUAAUGGGCUUCCUAGGCAGCAGCCGGCGCAGCUUAUGCAAGCCGAAGCCAAAACACUGAGAGAUCAGGCUGCUCGGCUUGCGCAAAUGACUCUCUGGAUGCAUGGCUUCAUGAUGAACACCCAGGAAAGGCCUCUGGGAGACAUGUUACGUCAGAUCAUGGAGAAGCGAGUCAUUGCAGACCUCUUCGAAGCUGUCGGCACACCCGAAAACAGGUCCGACGUCGUUGACUUUGAUACAUGCAAGGCCUUGAGGUUCCUUUCUGACUUGGUGGGACUUUUACCUGAGCCAUAUGUUGCCGGGUGGUCGGAUGAAUUCUCAGAAGUAGAACAAUUGAGGUCGCAAUAUGAAGCCAAAGAGAAAUUGAUUCUCAGCCGUUAUUUGGAUUUCAUCCCGGAUCUCGCAGCGUCGUACGCCACGAUCGAAAAGAUGCCUUGGAUCGUCCAGACCGAGGCUACGAGAAGCCUUCAGGAAAUCUUGGCUCUUUUUUCUGAUGCCAGGAUUAAAUCAUCUGCCGCUUUCAAUCUCGCAAUCGCGUACACACAAGGCACUGGAGUGGAAUGGGAUCUCGAGACAGCAAAAAAGUAUUUAUUCCAAGCUGGAAUGUUUGGUUCUGAGGAAGCCCAGACUCUUUACAUUAACAUCUUUGCCUCUAACGGGACAAAUUUGGCACUUCCAGAGCCAGCCGUCUGGCGUAGCUGGCUGGAGGCAUCAGCUGAAAAGGGGAAUCGCAAAGCACUCAAAGCCCUCGAACAUGUGUCGCCGUUUUCAAUACCGAGACUCAGAAGCAGCUCUCAGCGGAGACAGCUUGAAGAGACAGGACUAGUCCUUGACAAAUGGACCCCGCCAGAAACUCCUAUCAACAAGGAAUUGCUGACGACAUCGGGUCCCCAGGUUCUCUUCUGGGCCAUCACCGAGGACCGACCCGAUGCCGUUGCUCUCGUCAUCAGAGAGAUCCCAGCUUGCACUGAGACCCAGACAGAGCCUAAAGGGGAUUUCCCUUUGUUGACAGCUUGUAGGCUGGGGCGAACUACCAUAGCAAAAAGCUUGCUCGAUGCCCAAAAGAGUGCUGGCCUUGCCGAUAACUUUGGAGUUACACCCCUGCAUUGGCUGUUUCGGUUUCCAGCAGCGGAAAUGUUCGACAUUGCCUUUGCACUUUGUGAGAAGGGAGCUGAUCUCCACGCGGUUGCGGCCUCGCUCCUACCCACGCAGUAUGAUACGCAGGUCAAUGAGUCAACCGAACCUCCCAGCUGGACUCCUUUGCACUGGGCUAUCUGGUCGAACAGCUUGGCUGCUGUCGAGACGCUGCUCACACUCGGUGCGAACCCCAUCUUCAGCAAGGAGUCCAAGGCGGGCGAGGCACGAUGUCAAUCACCCCUGGAUCUGGCAUGUCGACUUUGUCACUCAACAAUAAUCGACCGACUCGUGAUGGAGCCUUCGGUGGUUGAGGAACUUCGCACAGCAAGGUCCAUGAUUAUCGACCACCCUUUGAAGUCGCGACCCCUUUUGUAUCCGCUACAAGGCGCCUCUCGCUGGACCAGACUUCUCUCCAGCGGCGUUGGCUUUGUUCAGGAGAUUCAUAGGACGAUCACCUCCUUGGUCUCUCAUGGAGCGCCCACGGAUGCCGUGCUCGAGCUUGGCGAGUUCAAGGUCCCUGCUGUAUUCGCGGUUGCCGAGCAUCAGUGUUUCGCAGAGGUCAUGAUCGCCGGAUUGGAAAACGGCUUUGCGAAGGAAAUUGACGUCUUCCCGCAGAAGGACAAGCGGCACAACGCUCUGCUGAUGGCGAUAAACCACCGAGACCAGGCCAUGGUUCGCGCUCUGCUGACAGCUGGCGCCAGUACAACUGUCGAGGACGCACAUGGGCUGGGGCCUCUGGAGCGUGCUGCAAAGGAAUCUGAUGAUGUCUUCUUCGUGCGCAGCAUUCUCGAGACUGGCGUCUCCGCAGACCCGCCUGACGUAUCUAGAAUCAGUGCUUUUGAAACGGCCGUGUAUACCGGCAACUUCAAUGUGGCGCGCUUUCUAUUCGAUGCCGGAGCCGCGAGAGACCGGGUCAACAUGUCCGGACGUACCUUGCUUGGAGAAAUGAUCCUCAUGCACACCCGCAAUGCGCUGGAGAGGAUCAAGUUCCUCCUCAGCCUGCCUGAUCGCGAAGGUCAGGAUGGGUUCAUCGUUAAGCACAGCACCAGCCGUCCCAUUUCCGCAUUGCGCUUUGCUGUGCUCCAAUGCAAGGAAGCCGACCCCACGUCACAGUAUGCUGAUAUCACUGACGUGAUGGUUGCGCACCUCCUCGAGAAGUAUGAUUCGAAGAAUUACUUUGACAGCACCGAUGGCGAGGGCCACAUGUCAGCCCUCACGGCAGCCGUGGGCUUGGGCAACCACCGCGUCGUCAAGCGGCUCCUAGAAAAAGGGGCUGAUCCGAAAAUUGUGGAUGACAAGGGGCGCACCGCCAUGUCGCUUGUGCAGUACAGAUACACGUAUCCCGAGACCGUGGGCCUCUUGACUGAACGCAAAGUGGCAGAUUUAGACAGCGGCACUGCAGAGAGGCUUUGCAGGAGGAUCAACCAGAACACAUCCGAACUUGUGGGUGUCCUAGUUUCGUAUGGUGCCUUUGGGGAUGACAUGUCGACACCAGAGUGGUAUCAAGGUGAGAAGGGUUACAAGUGUACGCAUUGCGUUAUGGAGGCGCUGCGCAGCAAGGUUGGCGAUAGCAACGAUUGA